CUCCUCUGGGAAAAGUGCCUUGUCGUUUUUCCAUCAGCUGCCUCUGCUAUGACCCAGUCACUGAGCUGCUUCUGUCUGGGACACUGGGGGCUGUGGUCACCUGGUUUGUCUUGCCACAUGGCAGGGGCCUACAGAUGGCACAGAGGAUGACCCUCCCUGGGCAAGAGUUUGUACAGGGCCUGUCCGUGAAUGGCCCCCAGGGCUCUGUCUUGGCUUUUUGUGAGAACAAUGUGAGGGUCCUCACCCACCAGGGCCAGGGCCGUCUGAAAGAGGUAAAGCAAUUUAUGCCUGUAAACAGUGGCUCCGCCAUCACUUGCUCCUACACGUGCGUCUCUCAGGGCUAUUUCUAUGCUGGGAACAGGGCUGGAGAGAUCCAUGCCUGGGGUCUGGACCAGCGUGACUUCUUCCAAAGCUUCCAGGCCCAUUCCUCACUUGUGUUAUGCAUCCAUAGUCGGCCGGAGAUCCACACCUUGCUGACAGCUGGUGGUGAAGGUCUCGUGAAAGAAUGGGAUCUCACUUUGGGAAGCUUGCUGCGGCAGCUGCCUAUCCACAAGGAUCUGCAGCAACUGCAGUUUGUGGAUAACACCACCUUCUUCUGCCUGACGAGCUCCUCGUUCUCACUGCACCGCCUGCCCUGCUUCUACAGCCUCUUCAACAUCUGUGGUUCUGCUCCCCAGAAUGUGAAGCGAGUCUACUGUGGUCAGAAUUGGACUCGGAUCCUAUGUGCCACGAAGGAUGGUCUGGUGCGUUUCUUGUCUCCGGUAACAGGGGAGCUGCUGGUCAUCACCUGGCCUCUCCUCCUCAUGGAUAAGGCUAUGGCAUGGGCCUAUGACUCACAGAGAGAGGAGCUCUUUGUGGUGACCCAGAGAUCAGAGGUGCUGGUGUUUGACACAACUUGCUCCCCUUGUACAGUCAAGUACCUUAUGUGCACCUCAGAAAGUUCUGGUGAUAGAGUCAGGUGCCUGGCCUAUGGGCAGGCCCAUCUGGGCAAGGACCUCAUAGGAUUGAUGUUCUGUGGGCACGACAGUGGUACUGUGACGAUUCUCUCCCACCUUCACUGUGCCAAAGCCAACAAGACCAUUCAUUCUGGGGCGGUGCUGUCACUGUCUACCCUAGAAGGUCCCCAGAAGGACGCCUUGCUCUGUUCGUAUGGCAUGGAUAACACUAUAUACCUGACCGAAGCUUCUCUGGAGGAGAACAAGAUAAUCCUGGAGCCUGUAAUCCGAAUUGUCUGUGGCUGCUUCCUAAUGUAUGUGAUACUCAUGCCAGGCUCUGUGGGUGCAAUCACAGAAAACCACUCCUGGCGGAUGUGGCACUUCCAAGAUUUUCUGAGAUCCUCCGAGUCAGAGCAGAGUUUUAUGUUUAAAGAGACCAAGCACCUACACCAGUGUAACAUCACUGCCUUUGAUGUCUGUGUCCCCAUGAAACUUUUUGUCACAGGGGGUGCUGAUGGCACAGUCCGGAUCUGGGACUUCCAAGGUACACUCAUGACUGAGUUGGACUCAGCAUUCCCUUUUGGUCCACUAUGCUUUGCCAAUAGUCGAGGUGAUCUGCUUGUGGCUUUCAACCAAAGUCUUUAUCUGGUGUCCUGCUUAAAACUGUUCCCUCCGGCUCAGCUGAUCUAUCUGUCUCUCCAUAAUAAUGCAGAUGAAAUACAAGAAGUCCCUAAACCCUUCCUGCCUAGCUUCUUCUUUUCAUUUGGCUUAAUAUUUGUACCCAAAUUCACCUACCUUGAACAAGGGCUUCAGGAAUUUCAAGGGCUGGAGGCCCUGGCUAACAAACGGAUCAUUGCAUUUGAUAAAACUGUGCCCCAUGUUGUGGAAGGAGAAAGACGAAAAUCCUCUAUCACUCAAGAGACACCCAAUUUGUCUGUUUUGGAGGAUAAAACUACUGAAUGGUCUACUCUUGAACACAAAGAUAGUGGUCCCCAACACAAAGAUCUUCCUCAAUUACAGCUGAUUGGCUGGGAUGAACUCAACAUCUGUCACAUAUUAAAGAACUUCUUUGGUCAAGGGAGGAAAUGGCCUUUGGCUCCUGAUGGUUACAUCCCUAACUCAGUGGUCCGUGCCCGCCUCUGGCCUGAGGGCACCCCAAUCUACCUACACCAUGACAUGGACCUUUCUUACCUGACUAAGGACUGGGAUAUGAGUCAGCUCACCUGGAAGCCCUCUCUGAUACUCUCAGACAGUAGAGGCAAGAGUAAAUUAAAGCCAAGUAUUCGAACCUACCUUAACGUCCUCAUUAAUACAACAUACCGAAAUUGGAUGGAGAAAAAAUUUGAUGAGGGACUCAUAAACAAUUUAGUUGAGGUCAUCCUUUCUCUCACAACUUGCUGUUCUGUAAAGGAAUACAAGACAUAUAUUGCUGUGCUGGCACAGAUUUUUGCCAAUUAUGAAGUGUCUCCAGAAUUGCGCACUGAGACUGCCAGUCGCUUUAUAGAGGACACAGUUCACCCCAACCCUCAGAUCCGCAAGCUCAGCUGGGAGGGGAUGGAAAGGUUAGGCUUAAUGAGUUAUCUCUUUGCUAUUCCACUGACACUGGGACUAUUGGACUCUGAUGAACGUGUCCGGGCUAAGGCCUUAUCCAUUUUGAUAAAUGUUACAGGCAUCCGAACUAAGACCAUGUUGGUAGACUUGCUGGAAGAACAAGAUAUUAUGCAGGAAAUGCAGUAAGUUUGGUGGUAAACUUCCUGUUUUCUUUACCUUUUAGCCCCUAAACUAUAGAUUCUGAUUCCUUCUCCUUUCUCACCAUUCUUUCCAGUCUUUUUUUUUUUUUUAAUUUUUUAUUUAAGAAAGGAUUAGUGAA